AUGGUAUCGGCUGUGCAGCGCGUCCUGGGCGCUCUAACGUGCAUGAAUGAUCUGAGCGUGGUUCUGCAGAAUACGACUUUGAUUGACUUGCCGUUGCCUACGCCUGAUGACCUAGAUAUAUGUAGUGGUUUCGGCGAGCGAGCCAAGUUCUGUUUGGUACAUCUGAGUUUGGAUCCCGUGCCUGGUUCCGUGAGUGUCGGUUUGUGCAUGCCACAGUCUUGUAGUAUUGGCCGAGUCACCGACCUGCUUUCUACGUUGUGUGCUAUCAGUUCGUGUAACGUGUUGCAACCCAUCGAUGAUGUCAAGUCGAGCAUGGACCUGGUCGGUACAGGUAACCGUAGCAUUGUAGAAGCUUGCGGAGCUCUUCAGAAAAUAGUGUGCGGUCCGAUCGACCGCACGCAAAUGGAGCAUGACGUAGACUUCACUUGUGUCGCGGAUGCACCCCAAGAUCCUCCACGUAUCGGCCGACGCUUGCUCGUUCAUGACCCUCUGACCAAUGCUAACGACUAUGAUCAUGAUGACUAUGAUCAUGAUGACUAUGUUCAUUAUGAUCAUGAUGGCUACGAUGAUAAAGACUACGAUGUCAAAGAACUCGGAUUGGAUAAUUUUUUGAAACGUCUCUCAGACCUUCUUGAAGACGAUCCUGACAACGGCCAAGAUGGAAGGGGUCCUGAGGAUGAUCGCCGAGACACGGGGAAGAAAGGUGAUGAGAAGGAUCGGGAUGAGAAGGAUCGGGAUGAGAAGGAUCGGGAUGAGAAGGAUCGGGAUGAGAAGGAUCGGGAUGAGAAGGACAGGAAUGAUGCUAGUGAUAACGAUCAGAUGUUCUUCGACGGGUUGAAGAAUAUGGCGGGUGAGAUUGUCGCGGAGUUGGAACGACAUUGGCGCGAGCUAAAUGGCAUGUGGGAACGGAGUGUCGAUGCCUUGAGGAGUUUAUUGUCUACAGUGUCAAAGGAGGUGUCGUCCGAGAUGGAGGGUGGGCUAAAGGAUUUCGGGCGGAGUUUCAGCGAUGGUAUGACCAUGGCCCAGAAUGACUUGGCGGAUACGUUGGUACAGUUCGGGUCCGCCUUUAGAGACCUGAUGCUGAAUCGUACACUUGGACAAUCGGAAUUGCGCCAGGACCUGCAACAUGUUGAAGAGAAAUUGGUCCGGUAUCGCAAACGUUUCGAACUCGAUUACGCAAAGCUCCACGAACGAGUUGAUGUUGCCCGCGAAAAGAUCAAGGACAGUCCGGCCUACCACGACAUAAAUGGAGUUUUGAAGAAAAUCGAAGACAAAGCGAAAAAUCGUACCGAAGAUGGAGCGGAAGAAAUUAAACGCAUAUUCCAUAUUAUUGAUGAUAAUAUCCGCAAGUGGAUACAUCGGGCGAAUACCACGCUACAGACUCGAGAGGUCCGUCCCUCAGACCUCCUACCUCCACAAGCAAGAGUCAAUUAUCGGGAGUUAUUGAGUCAAUUAUCGGAAGUUUUUGGCGAAUUUGGUAUCCCGGGAUUCGAUCCCGCGAAAUUAGAUGUCGAGAAGAUAGAGUCCAAUUUUAUGACUGUCAAGCUGUCUACCACUACCGAGGCAUCACAGGGCCCCGAACCAGGUUCCGAUGGAGGAACUGUGAGGGAUUCGGGCUCUGUGAGGGAUUCGGGCUCUGCGGCGAAAUGGCUUCGUAGUCAAUUAAACUUGUUGGAAGACUUUUUGACUGGCAUCGGUUUAGGCGACGUGUCCGAGCAGGUCCAACAUGGGCUGGAGGCGGCUCGCAGCCGACUGGUGGAGUGGCGUAAGGAGGUGGAUCGAGGCGUGGAGGUCACGCGGCAUGAGGCGAUGGAAAUCAUCGCAGAGGCAGAAGCAGAAGUGGCGAAGAUUUUAAGCCGGGUUAAGAAGGAGGCCGAUGAGGCUCGAGAUCAUGCGGCUGCCAAGAAGGGAACUCCGAGUCCGUCGUCGAAAAAGACUGUUGGGGGGAUUCAUCAAGAAGAGCGGAUGACGGAGCAUGAAGAAGCGAGUACUAGCGAGGAAGUUACAACCGCAGAGGGUAGCACGACCAGUGAGGGCAGCCCUUCUUCGGCCGGUGAAACCAGCUCGACCGGCGCCGAUGAGAAUGUGGUUGCCGAAUGGUUUGAGAAGGAGCUUACUAGGUUGUUAGAAAGCGUGAAGAAAUUAGCUAGUGGUGUGAAGGAACAAUGGGAAGGUGACCUGGACAGGAUACGUCGAGUCAUCUCUCUUUGGCUCGACAAUUUCGAACGAGGAAUGGACAUAGCCCGGAAGGAUGCUGAAAGAAUAAUAUCGGACCUUCAACACAACAUCGCUGAAUGGGUUAAAGAGCACUCAGAUCAUCCUCUGAAUCGCGGCGGCGAUACGGCCGGUCACGAUGACCUGCUUGAUUUUAAUGAGGUAUCCAACCAUGGGGUUGACGACGAUGAGGGGAUUGAUGAUGAGGGGAUUGAUGAUGAGGGGAUUGACGAUGAGGAGAUUGAUGAUGAGGAGAUUGAUGAUGACGAGGGACCGUUGGUGGAGUGGUUACAAGACCAGUUCGAGUCGUUGGAGUCCGAGGUGAAUGAAAUAGGCAAGGAGAAUCUUCCGAAGACUUGGAGUCACGAUAUCCGCCGAUUCCAGGCGAACGUAGAUCACCUUAAAAAAAAUAUAAUGCGGAAACUGACUCGAUCAGAGAUGAAGUUAAGUCCAGUUCGUCAACCCGAUGUAAGGCAGGUAAUUCGGAAAAUGAUCGAGAAAGUGAGACUGGAUUUACGAGAGUGGGCGAAGAAAGAUUUGACGUCGAAACAACAAGAGCGCCUCAAACGUAUCAUGCAUAAACGAAUCCCCGAAUUCCAAAUAAUGGUUGUUGACGGAGGAGCAGUUGACGAAGGAGUUAUUGAUGAAGGGGAAACAACCGAAGACCCUAAAGAGGAGUUGAGUUCAUGGUUGGAACGAGAGCUCAACCAUCUAAAUCGUCAGCUUAAAAAUCCACGUAUUGAAGAAAUACGUAGACGAUUCCAAGUUGAAUUCGAUAAGUUCAGAGGCGAGAUUGACCGCAUUAUUCGUGGAAUGCAACGCGAAGUUCGAGAUAUUGAUGUGAAGGAUCCCAAAACAGUUUUUGAAGAUUUGCAAACACGUGUGCGCGAUUUGCAAAUACGUUUGCGUGACUGGUUCAGCUCUCAUUUGAGCUUGGAAGAUGACGUUUGGACUACCGAGGAAUGGACUACCGAUGAAUGGACAAGUGAAGCUGAAAGUGAGGAACGUUUACGGUCGCAAAUUGAGUCGUUAAAGCUCCAUGUGCGGAGGCUUAUCGAUUUGUGGAAGAAUCGUAAAGACGUCGAUGAGGAAUGGGAAAAGGUGUUGGAUGACUUGCAAAAGAUUGAGUCCAUUGUGGAAGAGCGGGGUCACGAGGAGUUUGAAAAGUUGUUGUUAACUGCGAAGCAGACCAUAGCGAACUGGCUACAUCAUGGGAACAAUGUGACGGAUGUGGAGCGGAGUGCAUCUGUAUUGCUGAACAGAUUCAUGCAGCUGUCAGGCGACUGUGAUCGGGUGCUCAGCCGUGAGAGAAGGAGCCGUGAUGACGACGAUGGACAGGACGAAGUAGUGCGUAAGGACGAAGUAGUGCGUAAGGAUGUGGAAUUGAGUGGGAAGAGAAAUUUGGAGAGUGCAUUGAACGGUGCUUUGAGGGCGGCUCAGCAGUUGAUGGGUGAUUUGGUUUCGAUGUCUGCGAAGGACGUAUUGGACUUGGUGACCAAUAACAUGAUUAAGAGAGACUUGCGCAAGUUGGAUCGUCGAGUAAGUGCAUUGGCAGGUAGUGUAAGUUCCCAGAUGGGUAUGGACUGGUCUGAGUUGAAGAAGGACUUUGAGACGAGUUUGAACAAAAUCCGAAGUUUCAUUACAGAUCGUGGGGCUGCCGAGAUAACGAAAGAGCUAGAUGCUUUGAAGGAUCGAAUCCAGCUGUUGGCAAAGCGUCUUGAAAGAUUCGUUCAGAAUAUUCUAGAGGAAUUAUCCAGAAUUAGUCCGACGACUACCCCCGCCCCGACGACUUAUUAUCGUGCUCAAGUUCGAGCAGGGCCAUCUACAAACCACUCGGUAGCAGACGACUUGUUUAUAGAGAAUCCCUCUGAGACUAGAGAUAUCUUUGGGGAUGACCUAAAGAAGGCUUGGAGUCAAAUUGUCGCGAGGAUCGGGCGUCAGGUUGGCGAGAACGGACGGCAUGCAGUUGACUUGUUGCAUCAUUUGGGUCGUGAUGAUUUGUUGGUGCAAAGUCUACGAAGGGAUGAUUUGGAGGAAUUGGCUCAGGGUCUUACAUCGGAGAUACUGGCUCGUGUGCCAAGGCCUCGGCAUCUGGGUGUGCUCCCUAUAUCGGAAAGAUCGCAGGUGGCAAACAACUGGCCCGUGGCUGAUAGCAGUUGGAUUGAGAAGGUGGUGGCGAAUGUGAGUUUUGCAGCGGACUUGCUAGGACACCUGCACCCGCGGUUGGCGCUUCCGGUCUACGAUGCUCGUACUCCGUAUUUGACGCGUUCGGAAACGAUGCGAAGUGUACUAGAAUGUGGUCCAGCAUCAUAUCGGAAACCUCAAUCGUUGUUAUAUUCGGGACACUUUGUUCAAAGUGUUGGCGAUUUCGACUCAUGUGCACGGGACCCGGCACUGAACUAUUGCUUGGUUAAGGGUUCAGGUAUCAUCGGUCAGGGUCGAUGCGUGGCACAGGGGUGUACACCUGAACGCAUUAACCAAGUGACCGACUUUUUGUGCGACUGGCUCGCUCAUGGUCGUACAUGUUUCGAACUUGCAACUGUGGUCCCGCCUGAUUAUUGUCUCUUCUCCACUCUUGCGGGCUGUGGACUUCUCACCUCAAUUCCUGACGCGGCGAAUAUGGACGUGCUCUCGCUUGUCCGAUUAAGACGGAAACAUCCACAUGCUGACGGUUGGUGGACAUCAGAUACCUGGUGGACGAAUGCGACCUCCGGGUUCGUGGCCACACAGGUUCUGGAUGAAUUGCGUGCCCUUCUUGGUGCCGCACAAUUGGCACCAGGCACGGACGCGGCUAAGCGAGCUCUCAUGUACAAUCGAGAACGAAACAUCACCCAGGUCGCGACUGAAGUGGGCUUCCCGCGACUGGCUACCUUCUGCCAAAGCUCGGAACCUUACUGGACGCCACGUGUCUGGGGUGUGAUAGCCCUUUUGUGUUUCCUCUUUGUGGUCGCACCUCUUCUGGGUACUCGACAUAGUCUACGCGGCGGUCCACUUGAUCUACUGGUGAACUACCGACGUUGGCAGAACCAAGCACGGAAAGCGAGUCGGCUUCCCACGGCAGCACUUAACGGAAUGCGCGUACUCUCAUUGUAUUGGAUCGUCCUCGGCCACACACUCGCCUCUGUAUUCUCCGCAAAUUUGCUUCAGAAUUAUGACGAAUUACUAGACAUCGUACACUCCCCUAGCAUGCAAGGCGUCUUCGGCGGUGUCUUCGCCGUGGAUUCCUUCUUCUGCUUCUCUGGCUUCCUCCUGGGUCUGAAAGGUUGGGAAUUAGCACGAAAUACACGCUCUAAGAUACGCCUAUUACACCAAGUGCUGGUAACCACCUUUAAACGAUGGCUCCGACUCUCACCCGCCUACUAUCUCACACUCCUCGUCUACAUUGUGGUCCUACCCAACAUGGUCAAAGCACCGUUCUACCCAGCCUUCUCCGACGGGAUCCUUAAUGGAGUCGGAGGUUCCGGCGGUUGCACACGCACCUGGCUCAACCACGUGCUCUACAUCGACAACCUCUACCCCUCCGACCAACUAGACUUCUGCAUGGGCUGGUCCUGGUACCUCUCCAAUGAUCUACAGCUCUCCUUACUCGGCAGCCUCCUCAUCGCCAUCAAAGCGUAA